GGUUUUACUCCAAACCAAAUCUGAAGUCGUCAAGAUCCCCAAAAGCGAUGUCCAAGUCCUGGAAAGCGGCAGAGACUACGCCCGCGCUGUGGGGGCCCUGGGGGACUGUUGGGGGGAGCCUAUGCGGGGGCCCCCCUGGGGGCCUUUUGAAAAAGGGGACAAAAAAGGGGACAGUUUUCAAACCCUAACUCCACUGUCAAGUGCCAUUAACUCUUUGCCUCCUUUGUCUCAACAAAGCCAGCCCGAAACCCCAAACCCCGUUGUCGACGCCCUCAUUGACGAAGACGCCGUGUCUUUGAGCGACUUAUCGGUGUCCUUAGGAAGCAGCUCCAUGUCCAUCUCCGGGGCCUACAGCAGCAGAGAGAGGGGUUUAGGGUCUGUGGCUUCUGCUGCAGCAGGCAGCAGCAGCAGCAGCAUGAGGCUUUCGAGCGCAACAGCAGCAGCAGCAGCAGCAGCAGAAAGACACGAGCUGCCCUCCUGGUGCCUCAAAGGCGUUCUUGUAAGGGUCAUUCGAGGCCCUCACUACCCGAAACAGGUAAACUGCAGCAGCAGCAGCAGCAGCAGCAGCAGCAGCAGCAAAAACGGCAGCAGCGGCAGCAAUAGCAGCAGCAGCAGCAGCAGGCCCCUGCUUUUGCGGCCGACCUUUCGUUGGUUCGCUGUGCGGGUUUUGGUAUCGGCGGCCAGCGGGCGGGCUCGUUUGCUAGAGCUUGCAAGUCCCAAGGACUUAGGUCCUAGCCUCUAG